GUAAUAGUUGUUGAUUCGAGCGGGAUUGUGUCUGUGUCUCGGUGGUUAUCUACAGUUUGGCACCUCUCAAUUUUGAUCGCCACACAAGCAUCUCUAUCUCCAGUCUCCAGUUUCCACAAAAACAUAAUUCACGGAAUCUCUAUUCUCUAGUCUUUUUUUUUUUUUCAUUCCUUCCUAAAAUUCGGCAUCGGGCUCCUUUAGAACAUUGAAUAUGCGAUUGUUUCAGACGUGAGCAGAAUGAAUUUAAUGGCGUCAUAUAUUGACAUCGACCGCUGCAAUUUCAUUCCACUCUCCGCCACUAUGCUUUGCGCUUGCCGAUGUCGCCCGUCCUCGAAAACCCUAGUAUUCGUUCAUCCUUCAUCUAAAUCGAAAUUGGGAGUGGUUUCUGAUGGAUCGAGAAGCAUCAUUCGGCUUCGCCCGAGAUUUGGUAUCACCGCACGUGGCCGGGUACUUACUGCCGUUGCCAGAGCUGAACCAAAUCACGUCGACGAAGGAGAUGUCCGAGAGGAAGUUGACAAAGGCCAUAAUCCAGUGAGGAUGGAAAGUUUGGUACCGGAGCAACAACAACAAAAAGGGAGUCAGUUGAAAAAACGGGUUGUUUUUGGACUUGGGAUUGGAAUUUCCGUUGGGGGUGUUGUUUUAGCCGGAGGAUGGGUUUUUACGGUGGCCCUGGCUACUGCUGUUUUCGUCGGUGCACGCGAGUAUUUUGAACUUGUAAGGAGCAAUGGUAUUGCAAAAGGGAUGACGCCUCCUCCUCGAUAUGUAUCGCGGGCUUGCUCUGUUUUCUGUGCCAUCAUGCCUAUAUUGACACUGUAUUUUGGUCACAUAGACAUUUCUGUGACAUCAGCUGCUUUUGUUGUUGCAAUGUCAUUGCUUUUACAGAGAGGAAAUCCUCGUUUUGCUCAGUUGAGCAGUGCAAUGUUUGGGUUGUUCUAUUGUGGUUAUCUUCCUUGUUUCUGGGUUAAGCUUCGUUGUGGUUUGGCAGCUCCUGCCUUAAAUACCCAAAUAGGAGCCACUUGGUCCAUUCUUCUUGGUGGUCAAGCUCAUUGGACAGUUGGUCUUGUGGCAACCUUGAUUUCUUUUAGCAGUAUAAUUGCAGCAGAUACAUUUGCUUUUCUGGGUGGAAAGACCUUUGGCCGGACACCACUUACUCAUAUUAGUCCAAAGAAGACGUGGGAGGGAGCUAUUGCAGGCUUAAGUGGCUGUAUUGCUACUGUGCUUGUCUUAUCAAAGAUAUUUUGUUGGCCAACAUCGUUAUUAAGUGCUACAGCUUUUGGAUUUCUGAAUUUUGUGGGAUCUCUUUUUGGUGACCUCAUUGAGUCAAUGAUUAAACGUGAUGCUGGUGUCAAGGACUCUGGAUCCCUCAUACCUGGUCAUGGCGGUAUACUUGACAGAGUGGACAGUUACAUUUUUACUGGUGCACUUGCAUACUCCUUCGUCAAAACAUUACUACCACUUUAUGGAGUUUGAAUAUUAAAACUGAACAUUGCUGAUAAAAAGCACAAGAAGUUUCUGGUUCACUCAUUUCGGGAAUGUGACAACUACCAGUAAGUUUCGAAGAGCAUGCGAGCAAACACAAAACCAUUUAAUUGGUAUAUUUAUUCUUGGAGAAGAAACAUGGGAGCUUGGUUGAAUCUUCCUCAGCUUUAAUAGUUCUCAUUCUAAUCCCUGUUCAAGAAAACACUUUGAUUUAUAUGUUACCUUUAUUAUAUUUUUUAUUUAUAUGUUAAAUUGUUUUCCAUGAUUCGAUCUUACUUGGAUUCAAAGUACCUCUCACUCCGAAUCUGCACAAGGGCACGAACACAGCAACUGUGUUGGAUAUCUAUAAUUGAUCCUCCACAUCGUGAAAUUCCAUUCGGUUGCUUGCAGAGGCUAUUGGUGCACCUGUUUAUGAUAAAGUUGGUGUGAACAUGAAAAUUGGUUGUUAAAUCCUAGUGAAUUGUAGCCCUUUUUUUGGAGGAUGCAGAAGAUAUUCGUUUUGUGCAGCUUAUAUUUUGGAGAAGAAGAUUUGACAAAGAAAGAUUUUUUAGGAGUAUUAGUUCAUUUUGGUCUAGGAAUUAUAGAUCUUUGUUCAGAAAUAAAGACAAUAAAACAGCUUCUUGUUA